UUCCGUGGCUCGCCCAACCCACCACAUGGCCAGAGGCUCUCCCAGUCCUGUGGUGGCUGCGGUGCUUUGCUGUGCUGGCUAGAGAUACCUUCUGUGCGAUGUCCUGGGGUGUGGAUGGCUAAUGGUGGUCCACAUAGAAGAUCUGGUCUUCCCUUCUGCUGCUUGCGGAUGGCUUAGCCCUGCCUGUAGCAGACCUUAGGCAUGACCUUCCACCUCUCCUUGCUGGCUCCUGGGGCCUGAUGCAGUAUCAUGUGAGAUAGAUAAGGGUCUUGGCUGGUGUUUCCCCAGCCUGCUGGGGGUCCCUGGGGAGCCCUUGUGUGGCCUGGGGGUGCUUCCCAGCAGGUGCCCAGCUGUGGCUUUGCUCCCACCACCUCGUUCCCCAGAGCAUCUUCAGUGCCACAUCCCAGCUGUGGCUGGUGGAGCUUUCCAGCUUCCCAGCCUGAUUCCCACCUGGCCUCUCCCUAAGAGCCCAGGCAAAUGUGUCACCAGUGCCAGUUUGGCAUUGGCACUGAUCUGGCCAAGCUGUCCCUGGGCCAUGGGUGUCCUUCCCAGCAACAGCUCUUGCUGAUGGAUGGCUUUUGCAGCUCGCCAGCUCCAUGUUCCCGGUUCACCGUGUUCCCUCUGAAGGUGAUUAUUAACCCGGUUAUCACCGCAGCUCUUCACAACUUCCUCUUCUCAGCAGACAUCCAUCCAUCCCCGAUUAGCCCUGAUGUAUGGGCUGCACCCUUUUGCAGGCGAUGUCCUGGCUGCUGCCUCCUGCUCAUCCCUGCCCACAGGACACUCAAAUCCUUGACCAUGAGAGUCCAGCUGCUCCUUUUGAAGAAAGGAUCUCCCCUCAGUGGAGACAGUGGCUGCUGGAAGAUGCCGUCCAGCCCCGGGGAUGCGGCUGUGACUCGGGCUUUGGGCAGGCGACAGCACGGCACCUGGAUGCCCUGGGCUUUCAAGUGUUUGCCAGUGUACUGGACCCGCAGGGUCCCGGUGCCCAGGAGCUCCGCAAGAGCUGCUCGCCGAGGCUGACGCUGCUGCAGAUGGACCUGACCAAGCCAGAAGACAUCCAGCGUGUCCUGCAACACAUCCAGGCCAACACCAACAGCACAGGGCUCUGGGGCCUGGUGAACAAUGCUGGCUUCAACGACACCAUUGCCGAUGCCGAGCUCUCGCCGCUGGGCAGGUUUCGCACCUGCAUGGAGGUGAACUUCUUCGGCUCGCUGGAGCUCACCAAGGGACUGCUGCCCCUGCUGCGCUCCACCGGUGGCCGCAUCGUCACCGUGAGCAGCCCUGCAGGUGACCUGCCCUUCCCCUGCCUGGCAGCCUACGGGGCCUCCAAGGCAGCCCUCAGCCUGCUCAUGGACACCUUCCGGAGUGAGCUCCAGCCUUGGGGUGUCAAAGUCAGCCUCAUCCUGCCUGGAUACUACAAAACAGAAGCAGCGGCUGGUGGCCAGCCUGCCCCGGGAGCUGCUGCAGGCCUACGGCGAGGACUACGUCGAGGAGAUCAACCGCCAGUUCAUCCAGUUCAUGAAGGUGGCAGUGGAGGACCUCAGCGCAGUGGUGAACAGCAUCACGGACGGGCUCCUGGCUGCCAACCCAGCUGUGCGCUACUACCCAGGGCAGGGCCUUGGGCUCAUGUAUUUCAUACACCGCUACCUGCCCUAUUUUGUCCAAGACUUGUUCCUGAAAGGAUUCUUCAUCAAUCCCAAGCUGCCCCGAGCGCUGAGGCGAGAGCACCACAACGACGUGAAGAAGGCCUGACCUCGGCCCGCAUGCGGUCGCGGGGCAGGAGCGAGCCUUCUCCUGGGAUUUCCAGGCACACCAGCCCCCGGGCGCGUGCGCAGAUGCUGGCAUCACCCUCCUGCGCUGCAGGGGAACAAUCAGCACUAGACGUUAAAAACCAAAUUGCUUUCCAAAAUCAGACAUCUAUUUUCUAUUGUGCGAGAAUCACCAUUUUCUAGAGACCUUGGUUUUGUAUGUUUUCUAACCGCGCAUCCUCCAAGGGGGCCGCCCUUGCCUGACUCAGCAGCUCUGCACCAUGGGCUGGGAUGUACCUCGGCCAUUUCUCAGCUGCCCGACAUCCUCCUCACUGCUGUUGGAGCUGUGUUUGGCUCCAUCACCUCUUGGCUGGGUCAGACCUGGGACCCUGUGGCCACUGCCAUUCCAGCCCCUGCCUCCCUGCUGUUUAUGACACUCCACGUGCUUCUGGCAAGCGCAGGAGCAAAGCCCAGGCUGCCAGUGCCGCUGAGCUCUUCACGAGAUGAACUACGUGAUUGUCACUUUUUAAAUAAAUCUGUUCUUGACAUGC